AUGUUUCCAAGAGGACGGAUGCCCAAUGGUUUUGGAAACCAGUACUGGCCGCAUCAUCCAUUGACCGGUAGAAAAUUGGCAAAUCUUUUUGAUUUUCUAAGGCGUGUUUCCAACAAUGGUGCAAAUUUGCAAUGGUGGAAUUGUUUGCGUUUGAGCCGGGUUCUGUGCGAUCAUAUGAAUGGGGAUCAAGAGUCAAGACAGUCAGCCGGUCAGAGACGACAUGGAAGGAAUAGGGGUCAAUGCAGGUGGGUAGAAAGUAAGCUGUCGCAAACGUGA